ACACCUUCUCAGGGCUCUCCUCCACAGCUGAUCUCUCCCUAGACUAUAGGAAGAACCAGGAGUGGAUUCAGCCAGAGUUCAGGAGGAAGGCAAGGUAGACACGGGUCUAGGAUUCAAUAGAAGGGAGGGAAAAGAGCUAUGGCUGCCAGUGGACCUUCCUCACAGUCUGAGGAACAAUGUCCUCAGCUGAGCACCACGAUGGCCUCACCGGCGAUGGAUGAUGAUAUCCCAGGACUAUCAGAACCAAGGGUGGAAGCCAGCGCCCAGCCUCCAUCCAGCAGCCCAAAGAGAAAGAGGGACUUGUCAUCGGAUUCUGAGGAUGACCUAGCAGAGCUACUGGAACCGGAUCCCCAGCCAGUGUGGUCAGUGGAGACACUGUGCGGGCUCAGGAUGAGGCUGAAGAGGCGACGUGUGUCUACAGUGCGGCCUGAACACCACAAGGUCUUCACCAGGCUGCUCGAGGAUCCCGUGGUGAAAAAAUUCCUGAACUGGGACAAGAUGCUGAGGGUGUCAGACAAGUAUCUCCUGUCUAUGGUCAUAGCUUAUUUCAGCCGUGCUGGGCUCUUCUCCUGGCAGUAUAGGCCAAUCCACUUCUUCCUGGCUCUGUACCUGGCCAAUGACAUGGAGGAGGACAACCAGGCCCCCAAACAAGACAUCUUUUACUUCCUCUACGGGAAGAGCUAUGCCCAGCGCCCGAUGUUCCACAAACUGCGCUUCCAGUUCAUUCGCUCCAUGGGCUGGAGGAUCUGGGUGUCCCGGGAGGAGUGUGAAGAGAUCCAGGCUUACAAUCCAGAUCUCUGGGUGUGGGCACGAGAUCGCACCAACCUGACCUAGAACCCUAAAACUAUGGAGGCCUGAGGUCAUCGGCCUGAGGAAGAUCCCUGUGCCUGAGCGAGACACUCUAUGUCAACAUUGAGGGCUGUUGGGGGAAAGGAGAGAAACAUUCUUCGAGAAACCUAGAAGAACCCAGACUCUUCUAAAAUGAGUGGGAUGGAGUCACCACAUUGUGCUGCUGGGAGCUGGGACACUUGUAGUGGGUUCUGGGAGGGACCAUAAGAAAUCAGGAUUCCUCCAGGCUCCAUUCUUUCCAGAGGCACCAUCCAAAUGUUAUCCCGAAUGUCCUCAGUCCCCACCUCCCCAACCGUAGCAGCAGAAGGCCUGUGGUUUCCUGUAAUUGGUCUCCACCGCUCCAGCCCUUUGAAGGAGGCCCCUCAGGGCUCAGAAGUGAAGGGAACUACCUUCAAGAUAUAGUAUUUGAAUUUAUGUAAUUGUAAUAACUUUAACACAUCACAAACUUUAUUGAAAUAUUAGUAUACAUAACAAGUUAUAUUAUUAAUAAACUUUAUUAUUAUAAGUUGACUACAGAAUAAUUAGCAUAUUCAAUAUUUUAUGAUAGUUACUGUUUUGAGAACAUGCUGUUCUCUUAUAACGUCUAUAUACACAUUGUUAUUUCAUUCACUAGAGGAUUUUUAUCUUUUUAUAUAUAUCUUUUUGUCUUAUAUCUAGGUUAUAUAACCCUAGAUCCUUAGGAACAUGUUUUUAUCUAUUUGAUAUUUAAUCUCCAUUGUUGAAUAUGAAUAUUGAGCUGAGGUACUCUAAACCACUUGGUCAUGUCCGUGUAUUACUUUUAAGGGGGUUUGUGUUCGAAAGAGAAUCCAUGCUAUGAGGUCCUUCUCCUGGGGACAGACAAUAAAGAUGAAAUAUGUUUCAUGUUCUCUACAUAA